AUGUCCUCAGAGUAUGAAAAGUUGGUCAUUAGUCUCACUCCCGAGGCGAUCAUAAAGAAAUGGCCAGAAAUUACACCAUUAAAGAAAAUAUCAGGUAUACCAAGAUCGUCAGGGUCGGACACUUCUGUUAGCACAUCACAAGAAGAUUUGGAUUUAUUCAAUGGACACGAUGAAGAGCAGAUCAGACUAAUGGAUGAGCUAUGUAUUGUGUUGGAUUAUGACGAUAAGCCCUUGGGAGCAGGAACAAAGAAAUUAUGUCAUAUGAUGGAAAAUAUUAACCAAGGAUUAUUGCAUCGUGCUUUUUCUGUUUUUUUAUUUAACCAAAGUGGAAAAUUAUUGUUACAGCAACGAGCUGAUGAGAAGAUCACUUUCCCUUCAAUGUGGACAAAUACUUGUUGUUCGCAUCCAUUGUGCGUGCCAUUGGAAUUAGGUUUAAAUUUACAAAAGGGUGUCACCGAUGUUAAUUUAUUAAGCAAUGCUAUUGCGGGAGCUAAAGUUGCCGCUCAAAGAAAACUAUACCAUGAGUUGGGUAUACUUUCAGAGGAUGUUCCUAUUGAAAAUUUCACAUAUUUAACUAGAAUCCAUUACCAAUCGGCAAGCGGAGAUGAGAAAACAUCACUUUGGGGUGAACAUGAGAUUGAUUAUAUUUUGAUUCUCAGAACCAAGGAUGAUAUUACUAUAAACACAAAUGAUAAUGAGGUCAAGGAUUAUAAAUAUGUCAGUGCUAAUGAAUUGAAGGAGAUGUUUAAUGACCAUACAUUGGUAUUCACUCCUUGGUUCAAAUUGAUAUGUCAAACUUUUUUGUUCAAAUGGUGGGAUAGUUUAAACAAUUUAGAUCAAUUUAAAGAUGACGAAAUACACCGUUUACUUUAG